AUGUUGAAGCCGCGACCAUACCACGUUGGAAACGCCGGAUCUCCUCUGAUCACCGAAGAAUGGCCAAAUUUGUGGCAAGCUUACGCUGGUCACAGUCGCAUAGUCUUCUCAAUGGACCGAUCGCAUGGGAAUGGUCGUCGUGAAAAUCGUACCAUUAUCCCCGGUGGAACAUGGUUCACUAAUCCACAUGCUCUGCCCAGUUUGUGUGAAUUACAACAUCGCAUCGAACGGCUGCCGACUUACCAGCAAGAAUGUUUGCUUCGACCAAAUACCUCGCACCUGGCUGACAACCCGUGCUGUCCGAUGUGGUCUCUACCCAACCUGGUUGCGGCUCUCCUACACAAAAUUUCAUGCCAUGAGAUCACGCCGAGUGACGCACAACUUGUGGGUCAAUUGCUUUCCGAUUGUCUACCGGCGUUCCGUAACGGGACACUGAAACGCUCUUGUUGGGACCGGUAUGGAUCGGAUCCCCGUUUGCUUUGUCCGCUCGUUGAACCGGUUCGUUGUUUGCGUUCUCCCCUGAUCCCGUUCAUACUGGCUACCUCACUGCCGGAUCAAAGUCCACAGGCGGACAGUUGGCGCACCACAUUGUUCCAGCUACCUGUGCGACAGGCAAACUCGUUAGCCAUCUGGUUGGAAUUGGAGGAGCUCGAACACAGUGGAAAUCUAACACACGGUCUCCAAGUUCCCAUUCACAUGCUUGUGAGUAAGAGGCUUUUCAGUUCAUUUCUUGAAGAUAUGACUUCUUAA